AUGACCUGCCGCUCCUACAGGAUCAGCCCAGGAUGUGGGGUCACCAGGACCUUCAGCUCGUGCUCAGCUGUGGCCCCCAAAACUGGCAGCCGCUGCUGCAUCAGCGCUGCCCCCUACCGAGGGGUGUCCUGCUACCGGGGGCUGACGGGCUUCGGCAGCCGCAGCGUCUCAGCCCUGGGCUCCUGUGCGCCCCGCGUAGCGGUGCGCGGCUUCCGCGCCGGCUCCUGCGGCCGCAGCUUCGGGUACCGCUCCGGCGGCGUGUGUGGCCCCAGCCCGCCCUGCAUCACCACCGUGUCGGUCAACGAGAGCCUCCUCGUGCCCCUCAACCUGGAGAUCGACCCCAACGCGCAGUGUGUGAAGCAUGAGGAGAAGGAGCAGAUCAAGUGUCUCAACAGCAGGUUCGCUGCCUUCAUCGACAAGGUGCGCUUCUUGGAGCAACAGAACAAGCUGCUGGAGACCAAGUGGCAGUUCUACCAGAACCGCCAGUGCUCCGAGAGCAACCUGGAGCCCCUGUUCAACGGCUACAUCGAGACGCUGAGGCGGGAGGCUGAGCGUGUGGAGGCUGACAACGGGAGGCUGGCCUCGGAGCUCAACCACAUGCAGGAGGUGCUGGAGGGCUACAAGAAGAAGUAUGAAGAGGAAGUGGCUCUGAGGGCCACAGCAGAGAAUGAGUUCGUGGUUCUAAAGAAGGACGUGGAUUGCGCCUACCUGCAGAAGUCAGACCUGGAGGCCAACGUGGAGGCCCUGGUGGAGGAGUGUAGCUUCCUGAAGCGCCUCUAUGACGAGGAGCUCCAGGUCCUCCACGCCCACAUCUCAGACACCUCAGUCUUCGUCAAGAUGAACAACAGCCGGGACCUGAACAUGGACUGUUUCGUCGCCGAGAUCAAGGCUCAGUACGAUGAUGUUGCCAGCCGCAGCCGGGCUGAGGCUGAGUCCUGGUACCGCAGCAAGUGCGAGGAGAUGAAGGCCACGGUGAUCCGGCAUGGGGAGACCCUGCGCUGCACCAAGGAGGAGAUCAACGAGCUGAACCGCAUGAUCCAGAGGCUGACGGCCGAGAUUGAAAAUGCCAAGUGCCAGCGGGCCAAGCUGGAGGCCGCCGUGGCCGAGGCGGAGCAGCAGGGCGAGGCGGCCCUUAAUGAUGCCCGCUGCAAGCUGGCCGGGCUGGAGGAGGCCCUGCAGAAGGCCAAGCAGGACAUGGCCUGCCUGCUCAAGGAGUACCAGGAGGUGAUGAACUCCAAGCUGGGCCUGGACAUCGAGAUCGCCACCUACAGGCGCCUGCUGGAGGGCGAGGAGCACAGGCUGUGCGAAGGUGUGGGCUCUGUGAAUGUCUGCAUCAGCAGCUCCCGCGGUGGAGUCAUGGGGGCCCACAUGUAUAGCACCCCAAGGCACCAGAUUGCCUCUGGCCCCGUGGCCACUGGGGGCAGCAUCACAGUGAUUGAUGCGUCCGACUCCUGCGCCCCCUGUCAGCCCCGCAUCUCCAGCUUCAACUGCGGGAGCAGGUCCGUCUGCUUUGCCUAG